AUGGUCAAAGACAACAAGGGUUUGGUCAUAGGAAUCGACCUUGGCACAACUUACUCGUGUGUUGCAGUGUGGCAGCAACAAAAUAAUAGAGUGGAGAUCAUCCAUAACGACCAAGGCAACAACACCACUCCUUCCUGUGUUGCUUUCACCGACCAUCAAAGAUUGAUAGGAGAUGCUGCUAAGAAUCAAGCUGCUGCCAAUCCGGAAAACACCAUCUUCGAUGCUAAGAGGUUGAUCGGUAGAAAAUAUAGUGACCCUCUUGUUCAAAAAGAUAAAAUGUUAUGGCCAUUUAAGGUUGUUGCUGGUGUUAAUGACAAACCUAUGAUUUCUGUCAAGUACAAGGGUCAAAAGAAGAAACUUUGUGCAGAGGAAGUAUUAUCCAUGGUCCUGUCAAAGAUGCGGGACAUUGCUGAGGCAUAUUUAGAACAACCUGUGAAGAGUGCAGUGAUUACUGUACCUGCCUAUUUUAAUGAUUCUCAGCGCAGUUCCACCACUGAUGCAGGUGAUAUUAUAGGCUUGAAUGUUAUUCGUAUAAUUAAUGAGCCGACAGCUGCAGCAAUCGCAUAUGGUCUUGAUAAGAGGAACGAUUGUGUUGGAAAGCGAAAUAUUUUUGUUUUUGAUUUUGGAGGUGGUACAUUCGAUGUGUCUCUCCUUACUAUCUCAAACAAAGUCUUCCAAGUUAAGGCCACCGGAGGAAACACUCACCUUGGCGGAGAGGACAUUGAUAACAAAAUGGUGAAGUACUUUUUAGAGGAAAUGAAAAGAAAAAAUAAGGUGGACUUAAGUGGGAAUCCACGAGCCCUAAGGAGGUUGAAAAAUGCAUGCGAGAGGGUAAAAAGGACUCUCUCAUGUGUUGUUACUACAGACAUUGAGGUAGAUUGCUUGUUUCAAGGCAUUGAUUUCCGUUCUUCAAUCAGCCGAGCAAAAUUUGAAGAAAUCAAUAUGGACAUCUUUGAAGAGUGUAUGGAAACAGUAGAUAGGUGUCUUAGGGAUGCUAAUAUGGACAAAAACAAUGUGCAUGAUAUUGUCCUUGUUGGUGGUUCUUCUAGGAUUCCUAAAGUGCAAGAGCUACUACAACACUUCUUCAACGGAAAAGAUCUUUGCCAUAGCCUAAACCCUGAUGAGGCGGUUGCUUAUGGUGCAGCUGUGCAGGCUGCUUUGUUGAGUGGAGGCAUUAAGAAUGUUCCAGAUUUGGUAUUGAAAGAUGUUACUCCACUCUCACUUGGUGUAUUAGUAAGUGAAGAUGUCAUGAGUGUUGUGAUUCCUAGAAACACUUCUAUCCCUGUAAAGAAGAAAAAACAAUAUAAAACGACAAUAGAUAACCAAUCCUUAGUCUCUAUUAAUGUUUAUGAGGGUGAGAGAGCGAGGGCCAGCGAUAAUAAUUUGUUGGGUUCUUUUGUUAUUUCUGGUUUUCCUCCCGCUCCUCGUGGCUAUCUAUUUGAUGUGACUUUUGUGCUAAAUGAUAAUGGCAUUCUCACCGUUACUGGUGAGGAGAAAUCCACUGGUAAUAGGAAUGAAAUUACAAUAACCAAUGUCAAAGGAAGACUAUCUACUGCUGAGAUUAAUAUAAUGAUUCAAGAAGCAGCGAAGUACAAGUCUGAAGAUGAGAAGUUUCUUAAGAAGGCCAAGACAAUGAAUGAUUUGGAUUAUCAUAUUUACAAGAUCAGAAAGGACUUAAAGAAAGAGGACAUAAGCUCAAAGUUAAGCUCAAAAGAAAUGGAAGAUAUCAACUUUACAAUUUCUAGAGCCACCGAUAUGCUUGAUGGUUUGAUCAAAAUUGAAGAUAUCAUUGCUCUUGAAGACUGUCUGAAAGAGCUUAAAGCAAUCUUUAAACGAAUUACGGUCAUGGAGAAGGUUGAGUAG